GCUUGUCCCGCCCCCUCGGCGGUGACUGACACCUGCGGGCGCGCAGGGGGGGCGGGGCCAAAACAAACAAACACAGCUGGGGCCACCGGGGUUGCGCAUUCGGUCAACGAACUCGUACAUUACCCGCGCGGCCCCGGGCGGCAGAAGCGGCGGCCAGAGGAUAAGGGCUCCUGAGGUAGCGGGACGAUCCCGCAGCGCGCGCGGUCUGGGAGUCGAGCGACGAACGCGCGGGCUCCUACACGAGCGGCAAAGCCCCGACCACGACACCCCAAAGAGUCCAUCAACAAACGUGCGGGCUCCUACACUGGCAACAAAGCCCCCGCCGCGGCGCGCCCAGCUCCAGACAGACAAACGGCGAACACGACGAUGUCGCCGCCCCCGGCCCUCGCGCUCCUCCUCCUGCUGCAGCUGCUCAGUGUGUGCAGCGCACGCGAACCUGAGAGGCCAAACUUUGUCCUCAUCAUGGCCGACGACCUCGGCAUUGGGGACCUCGGCUGCUACGGGAACCGCACGCUCAGGACUCCCAAUGUCGACCGAAUGGCCCGCGAGGGCGUGAAGCUGACCCAGCACCUGGCGGCCUCGCCCCUGUGCACGCCCAGCAGGGCGGCCUUCCUCACGGGGCGCUACUCGGUGCGCUCAGGCAUGGCGUCGCACAACCGCUUCGGCGUGUUCCUGUUCACGGCAUCGUCAGGCGGGCUUCCCCCCAGCGAGGUCACCUUUGCACAGCGGCUGCAGGAGCACGGAUACCACACGGGGCUGGUCGGGAAGUGGCACCUGGGUCUGAGCUGCCACCGCCGGGACGACUUCUGCCACCACCCUCAGCGGCACGGGUUCGAGUCCUUCCACGGCUUCCCGUUGACGAACCUGCGCGACUGUCGCCCCGGCGCGGGCUCCGUGUUCGACUCCGCAGAGCGGGUGGUGCGUGUGCCCGUGCAGGCACUGCUCCUAUGUGCACUCACGCUCGCGCUGCUGCGGCGCCUGGGGCUGGGGCGGGUUCCCAUGGCGCUGGUGGUGACGCCUGUGCUGCUCGCGGUUGCUGUGACCGCUGGCUUCUUCGCCUUCCUGCACUUCUUCCGCCCCGCGAACUGCGUCCUCAUGGCCGGGUUCGAGCUGGCGCAGCGGCCGGCUGAGUAUGAGGGACUCACACAGCGACUCACGCGGGAGGCCGUGAGCUUCCUGGAGAGGCACGCACAUGCGCCCUUCCUGCUCUUCCUCUCCUUCCUCCACGUCCACACUGCCCACUUCGCGGCCCCAAAAUUCUCCGGCCGCAGCCACCAUGGGGCCUAUGGGGAUGCAGUCGAGGAGCUGGAUUGGAGCGUGGGUCAGGUCCUGGACGCGCUCGACCGCCUGGGCCUGGCGGAAAACACAUUCGUCUACUUCACGUCUGACCACGGCGCCCACGUGGAGGAAGUGAGCAGUGCGGGCGAGAUGCACGGUGGCAGCAACGGGAUCUAUAAAGGUGGCAAGGCCAACAACUGGGAGGGUGGCAUCCGUGUCCCCGGUGUCGUCCGCUUCCCGCGGGAGCUCGACCAUGGCCUGGAGCUAGCGGAGCCCACGAGCCACAUGGACAUCUUCCCCACGGUGCUGGCACUGGCGGGGGCGGAGCUUCCCACCGACAGGAUCAUCGAUGGCCAGGACCUGAUGCCGCUCCUGCGGGGGACGCGCCUGCGGUCGGAGCACGAGUUCCUCUUCCACUACUGCAAUGCCUACCUCAACGCUGUGCGCUGGUGGCCACGGGAUGGCUCUGCCCUCUGGAAAGUCUUCUACUUCACACCCAACUUUGACCCGGGUGCCAAUGGCUGCUUCUCCUCGCACGUGUGCUUCUGCUUCGGCAGACACGUGACGCGCCAUGACCCCCCACUGCUUUUUGACCUCUCCCGCGACCCCGGUGAGCGCCACCCCCUGACCCCAGAAUCCGAGCCACGAUACCAUGCUGUCCUGGCGGCCGUGGAAGAGGCAGUAGCUGCACAUACACACACGCUCGAUCCUGCGGUGCCCCAGCAGCUGUCACUCAGCAACCUGGUCUGGAAGCCUUGGCUGCAGCUGUGAUGUCAUGUGACACACGUGUCACUCCUGUGCGACCCCAGCACACCCCGCUUCCCAGUCACGUGACAAUCACGGAUCGCCCCCCACCACACACAUGUGAACAAAUGAAGGACACGGGUCUCGCAUACCCGUCACACAUGAAGGACUCGCCGCUGAGCAUGAAGACACAUGCUUGUGAAAACCCCACCCAUGUGAACCCCGCCAUGCAGCUCAUGACACACACGUGUGCGACAGCCCUGGCUCAGGUCUGAAGUCUGACACACGCAUGUGAGCCCCACAUGCACACCAUGGCCAGUUCCAAUCAGUCUUUCGAUGAACACAGAGUGAAACCCAGCGCUGCCAGACACACACUAAAUCCGCACUUUGUGAUUAUUUCAUUUUAAUUUAUUUUCCAUUUUCUUUAUUGAUUUUGGUUUUUUUAGUUUUUAUUUUCCUCUUAUUUUGACCCUGCAUGGAUCCGGAAGAAAUGAAUCUGCGUGGCCACGAUAAUGAAAAUUUAAUAUAUAUGAUACACGCCCACACGAUCAUAUUUAAUUUUCCCCCGCACAACACAGAAAUAAAGCAGUAUUGGCGAUGAGAGCA